CCCCGCCCGGCCCUCAGCCCGCGCCGGCUCGCGAGGGAGCCGCUCCGGCGCCGCCGCCCAGCCCAGUGCGGACGACGGGAGAGCGGGAGGCGGAAGCAGGACUCGCUCGCUCGCUCGCUCGCUGCCACCCGGACCCCGGCCGGCGCGGCGCGGCCCAGGGGGAGGAGCCGCCGGCUCGCCCCGCCCCCGGCCCGAGCCGCCGCCGCGGGCGACCCCGCCGGCCGGCCGCCGCCCCCCGCGACCCGCCCCCGGCCGCCGCCGCCGCGGCCCCGGCCCGCCCCCGCGGCAUGGAGGGGCCGCGCUCCUGACGGCCGCGCCGCCGCCCGCCCCCGGCCGCGCCCGCCCGCGCCCGCUCGCAUGUCCGCGCCGCCCUAGCCGAGGAUGCUGAGGAUGAAGCUGCCGCCGAAGCCGACGCACCCCGCGGAGCCGCCGCCCGAGGCGGAGGAGCCCGAGGCGGACGCGCGGCCGGGCGCGAAGGCGCCGCCGCGCCGCCGCCGGGACUGCCGGGCCCCGCCGCCGCCGCCGCCCGCGGGCCCGCCGCGGGGGCCCCCCCCGCCGCCGCCGCCCCGGGGGCUCGGGCCGCCCGCGGCCGGCGGGGCGGCGGGGGCGGGCGGCGCGGGCGGCGGCGGGCCCGCGGCGGCGCUGCGCGAGCAGGAGCGCGUGUACGAGUGGUUCGGGCUGGUGCUGGGCUCGGCGCAGCGCCUGGAGUUCAUGUGCGGGCUGCUGGACCUGUGCAACCCGCUGGAGCUGCGCUUCCUCGGCUCGUGCCUCGAGGACCUGGCGCGCAAGGACUACCACUGCCUGCGCGACUCGGAGGCCAAGGCCAACGGCCUCUCGGACCCCGGGCCGCUCGCCGACUUCCGCGAGCCCGCCGUGCGCGCGCGCCUCAUCGUCUGCCUGGCGCUGCUGGGCUCGGAGAACCGCGAGGCCGCCGGCCGCCUGCACCGCCGGCUGCCCCAGGUGGACGCGGUGCUGCGGAGCCUGCGCGCGGCCCGCGCCGAGGGCCCGCGGGCCGGCGCGGAGGACGAGGACGGCGGCGCGGACGGCGACCCCGGGGAGGGCUCCGGCCCCGAAGGCGGCGGCGCCGAGCCCCCGGCGGGCGGCGGGCUGGGCUCCCGGGCCCAGGAGGAACUGCUGCUGCUCUUCACCAUGGCCUCGCUGCACCCGGCCUUCUCCUUCCACCAGCGGGUCACCCUGCGGGAGCAUCUGGAGAGGCUCCGCGCCGCGCUGCGCGGCGGCCCCAAGGACGCGGAGGCGGAGCCCUGCAACUUCUCCGGGGCCCAGAAUGACUCCGCUCAUGGUGAUUACAUGCAAAGAAAUGAAACCAGUUUAAUAGAACAAGCCCCAGUACUGCAUGACGAACUUACUAUGGCGCCUCAUAGAGCUCAGCGAGAAGCUGUACACAUUGAGAAGAUAAUGUUGAAAGGAGUCCAGAGAAAAAGGGCUGACAAAUAUUGGGAGUACACCUUCAAAGUAAAUUGGUCUGAUCUUUCAGUCACAACAGUAACAAAAACCCACCAAGAACUACAGGAAUUUCUACUGAAGCUUCCAAAGGAAUUGUCUUCAGAGACUUUUGACAAGACCAUCUUAAGAGCCCUGAACCAGGGUUCAUUGAAAAGGGAAGAACGGCGACAGCCUGACCUAGAGCCCAUCCUAAGGCAGCUAUUUGCAACUUCAUCGCAAGCUUUUCUACAGAGUCAGAAAGUGCACAGCUUUUUUCAGUCCAUAUCAUCAGACCCACUACACAGCCUCAAUAACCUACAAUCAUCACUGAAGACUUCUAAGAUACUAGAACACUUAAAAGAAGAUAGCUCAGAAGCUUCAAGUCAAGAAGAAGAUGUGUUACAGCACACCAUCAUCCACAAGAAACACACCGGGAAAAGUCCCAUUGUGAACACUAUUGGUACAAGUUGUUCUCCACUGGACGGGCUUCCCAUGCGGUAUUCCGAGCAGAACGGAGUCGUGGACUGGAGGAAGCAGAGCUGCACGGCCUCUCAGCAUCCUGAGCACUGCGCGACCAUGGUCGAUCAGCAUUCAAUUGAAAAACGAAGCUUAUCUUCAAUAAAUAAGAAGAAAGGAAAGCCACAAAUAGAAAAGGAGAAAAUUAAGAAAACAGACCACAGACUGAGUAGUAGAAUAAAUGGCAUUAGACUGUCCACUCCUCCGCACAUCCAUGACGGCUCUGUGAAAGAUGUGCAUUUGGACAAUGGAUCGGGACUUGACACAUGUGGAGACACAUCUUCAGAGAGUUAUAGUUCUCCGUCUAGCCCACGACAUGAUGGAAGAGAAAGUUUUGAAAGUGAAGAAGAAAAAGACAGAGACACAGACAGCAAUUCUGAGGAUUCUGGGAAUCCAGUAACCACCAGAUUUACAGGUUACAGCUCUGUCACCCAGACGCUCACUGUCAAGCCACCUGUUCCGAUCGCUUCGCUAGGAAACGACGAUGACGGCAGCGUCUUGGAAGACCCCUUAAACUCACCCAAGUACCCGCACAUUUCUUUUAUGCCCACUCUGCACUGUGUCAUGCACAGCAGCGCCCAGAAGUCUGAAGUCGUCGUUCCUCCACCCAAGUCUGCCGAAGGCAAGACAGUAGGGAUGCUGGUUCCAAGUCCUGUUGCUAUUUCUGCAAUUAGAGAGUCCACAAGUUCAGCCCCUGGGGGAAUGCUGGGGUCAGCAGCUUCCACUGGAGAAUCAGAAAAGCACCUUGAAUUACUGGCUUCCCCUUUACCUAUCCCAUCAACGUUCCUGCCGCAUGGCAGCGCUCCUGCUUUGCACCUCACAAUUCAGAGGCUGAAGCUGCCUCCGCCGCAGGGACCUUCGGAGAGUUGUACAGUCAGCAUCCCACAGCCGCCGGCCGGGGGUCUGAGUGUCGGGUCACCAAGCACUGCCUUUCUUCCUGUCCAUAGCCCGGGUAGUUUUCCAGGAUCUCCUGUUGCCACCACGGACCCCAUCACAAAACCUGCGUCCCAAGUAGUAGGACUCAAUCAAAUGGUGCCUCCAAUUGAGGGAAGCGCGGGGACCGUCCCUCAGCCUACCAGUGUGAAGGUAGUCGUUCCAGCAGCCGGCCUCUCCGCCGCACAGCCACCAGCCUCCUACACCCUGCCCGGCUCUCCGCUGGCCGCCGGCGUGCUGCCCAGCCAGAACUCCAGCGUGCUGAGCACGGCGGCCACGUCCACCCCGUCGGCGGGCGCGGGCAUCAGUCAAGCCCAGUCCCCGGUGCCUCCCGCUGUCCCGACACACACCCCGGGCCCGGCCCCCAGCCCCAGCCCCGCCUUGACGCACAGCACAGCGCAGAGCGACAGCACCUCAUACAUCAGCGCGGUGGGGAACACGAACGCUAACGGGGCGAUGCUGCCGCCGCAGCAGAUGGGCUCGGGUCCUUGCGGUUCUUGCGGGCGAAGGUGCAGCUGCGGGACCAAUAGCAGCCUUCAGCUCAACAGCUACUACUACCCUAACCCCGUGCCCGGACCCAUGUACCGAGUCCCGUCCUUCUUCACUCUGCCGUCCGUCUGCAAUGGCAGCUACCUCAACCAAGCACAUCAGAGCAAUGGAAGCCAGCUUCCUUUUUUUCUGCCUCAGACCCCAUAUGCAAACGGGCUGGUGCACGACCACGUCCUGGGGAGCCAGGCCAGCUAUGGCGUGCAGCAGGUGGCAGCGUUUGGCAGGUUCUACCCGGUCUACCCGGCACCCGGCGUAGUUGCCAACGCGAGCGGCUCGGGGCCCAAGAAGAACGGGAAUGUGUCGUGUUACAACUGUGGUGUGAGCGGGCACUACGCGCAGGAGUGCAAGCAGUCGUCCAUGGAGGCCAGUCAGCAAGGCACUUACAGACUGAGAUACGCGCCUCCCCUCCCCCCUCCUAGCGAUCCGUUGGAUUCUGCAGACUGAAACGAGUAAAGCCUGCCUACUCGACACACGGCAGUGUGGGCAGUCAUGGAGGGGUGUGGGGGGAGGCAAGGAAAGGUAUUUUGUGUUUCUUUUGUCUCUACGUUUCCCAGAUUUCUAUGCAGUCGGGAUGUUUCAUUUCUCAUGUGCUGAUGUCUAAGACAAAAAAGAAUGCGUUGCUCUUGAGCCGCUGGUCUCCUGGUUCAACAACAGGCUUCUCUGUAUGAUACGUGUAAUUUAAACCUCCAGACUAUCAAAAGGAAAAUGUGGAUGUGUGCUUUUUUUUACACUGAAUACUCGCUGUGUGCAAUGUUUACUGAAUCUUUAAAACUGUGUAUUUGACCUUUUCUUACAACACUGGUGACAGUCAUAUGGUUUUGAAAAAAGGACACUUCGCUUCUUCUGCAGCUUUUUCUCACUUUCACCCUAAACUGUACUUUUCUACCGCUGCCCUCCCUCUUCCUGCGGGCGGGGGUGGGGGCAGUACCCGUGUCCCCCUGGUGGAAGCCGCCCCCGCACAUGAAUUGAGGGUAAAGUGAUUCACCUGAAUCUUGCGGGAGAAAACAGAUCCCCAAAGCAGCGCGUGCACGGGUGGUGCACGGCCUCCCCUGAAUACAGACGCAGCACUUGUCCAAGCAGAAGUUAAGGUAAAUGAAUGAGGGAUGAGCAAAACCAUAUGAAACUGAACAAAUGCACUAGCUAAGGUGGACAAAGAGCUUUUCUCAGAAACAAACAAGCCCCCACCUUUUUACUUUUUACAUUUUUAGCCUGUUGCUUCAGAGAGACAUAAAGUGAACAAACUGUGUGAGUGCUGUUCUCGUGUGUGUGUGUGUGUGUGUGUGUGUGUGUGUGUGUGUGUGAGUGAUGCCCGUCCCCAGCCGAUCUCUCUAAUUACUCUGGUCCUCCACUGUGUCCCCGGAGACUCCUGGAGCUGGCUUCUUCCUUCCCUGCACCAACUGUUACAGUGUUCUGUUGCGUUUAAAAUGUGUAUGGCUUAUUGCAAUCUGAACAGAAGCUCUUAGUUUCUACAGAAAAGUCAGGUAUUUGUUCCCUAACCUGUCUCUCCUAGCAAAGUCACUUUUGUAACAGUUUACCACUAUGCUUGAGUAUAAUGUGAAAGACUGAAUUCUGAGUGUGUUAAGAUGGUGUUAAUCAUGUCAGUGUCAUGUCACUAAGUUUAAUGCUGCUGUUUAAAAAAAAAAAAGUUUUUUAAAAGCCAAUCUAUGUACUAAAUUGCUUCCAGGUAAUUUUUAAUUUCCUAAAGUGCACUGAGGUUAUCUGGAAGAGUAGGUGUAUUCUUUUGGACUGCUGCGUCCAACAGCAACGAGCAACUGCCACAGGGUAGUCACAGGCUGGGGGGCCGGGCUGGCUUCGUUUGCCACCCUCAGCAGAGCAGAAAGGGCAGGUGGUGGUUGGGGGGUAACAUUGGGGUGCAGCAGAGCGACACAGAGUUGGUCUUGGCUCAGAAGCCUGCCAGAUUGCUAGGAGAAAGGCAAAACUUGAAGAGCAAAAAGAAGCUUCAUUUAAUGCUUCCUAGGUAGUAUUUGUAUUUAUAGCACCGAUGUACAUUUUGAAACUUUAUUUCAGGGGCGGGAGUUCAGGGGACGGGAAGGGUGGGCGUGAAGGGGUAGAAGAUGAAAGCUUUAAUUUAAAAAGAAAAAAAAAGUUGGAGUAAAGGAAAUUAUUUUGAUUAAAUAUAUUUUAUUUGAUCUGGGUAUUUUUGGACCACAUUAUUAAAUUAAUUGUUAAGCUGCGAUUGAGUUGUUCAAGUGACAGUUUUGAUAAGCCACAUACGGACCGCAUUGUGAAUCACUUGCCAGUUGUACUUUAUGGAGCUUAUUUUAUGAUUUAAAAUACUGUACUGUACAUAGGAGGUGUGUUACCUUCUUCUUAUUUGUAUGUUUACCAUAUACUUUGAUAUUUGAAAUGUUAUGUACUGGAAAGGCCACUUAUAUUUCUAGAACAGAUUGGAUUUUAUGCAACCUUUUUUCCUUGAAUUAACAGCAAUAAAAAAAUGAAAAACAGCUUAAGAAUUGUGCUUUUUUGCAAGUUCUGAAAGAUGAUAGACAGGACAUCACACCUUGUGGGGUUUUUUUUAAUUAUUUUUAAAAUAGUUUUUAUGAAUUGACCCGUUUGUCCGUGUCAUGCGGGCGGUGAAUCCCAAAGCUUCUUAGCAUCAGCGUUUUUCACUUUGCG